AUGGCCAUCCCGGGUCAGCGCUUCGAAUUGGAUCUCGAGGCAGACGACUUCACGGUGAGGCCCCUCAACGAUGACUUCUCUCCAGACUUGAGUGCAGGCCUCGCAAUCAAGGAGAUCGAAGAGCACGAAGCUGAUGCUCCGCCUCCUCCUCCCUCCCUCAAGUCUUCCAGGACCGGCUUUCCUGAGCACAAGCCCCGUCGAAACGUCUCCGCCUUCAAGACGAGGCAACAGGCUGGCAAUGUCCCACCACGGCCUACAAUCCCCUCGCGCGUAGAACCUUCGGACAGAGCAAUCGCUCAUCAUGUGGGCAAGAAAUAUGGACUUGAUCUAGACGGUCAGCAGAAGUCCGAGAUAAGCGAAGAGAACAAGAGACGGAUUGCGGACAUGUCGGUGGAAGACGUCGAAGAGGCUCGGGCCGAGUUGAUGAGCACCCUCAAUCCUGCAUUUCUCGAGCGCAUGCUCAAACGGGCCAAUAUCGACGAGGACCAGGUCGCCCAGAAGGAUUGGCCUGAAGAUGAUCAAGAGAGAUCAAGUGAUGCUGCUGGGAGGGACACUGAAAACUUGACAAAUUUGACCGAGGACGAUGCGGCCCCUGCAGCGUCAACCACGGCCACUCUAUCAGGGCCCUCGAUCCACUUCCCUGCACCUCCACGGUCAGCCGAAGAGUACGUGCCUUUAGAUGCCAACGACCCUGCUUUUCUUUCUGAGCUCAAGUCACACUACUUUCCCGAAACACCACACGAUCCUUCUUCGCUUCAGUGGCUUCAAGACCCUUCCGAAGAGGAGAAUCAGGCGUCGUUGUAUAAUCCCGAGAAGGAGUCAUUCUUGGCAUCUGCUCUGCGUUUUGGCUUCAAUGGUCGCUUGAUCGCGCCCAGGGAGAGUCUGGAGAUCGAUGUGAAGCAGGGUCUACAUCAUCAUGGCGACGACCCCAGCAGUGCCGGUUAUACAAUUCCCGAAUUGGCACUCCUGGCCAGAUCAUCUCUGCCGAACCAGCGAUGCGUUGCUUACCAGAUCCUGGGCAGGGUGCUAUACAGACUGGGAAGAGGAGAUUUUGGUGCCCGUGGCAGUGAGCUCCAGGAGGCCUUGUGGUCCGUCAUCGAGCGGGAAAAGCCAAUUGAGGUGAUGAUGAGCGAAGCCAACCGCCAGUCCGGACAUGCUAGCGCCAAAGCCCAUGCCAUUGAAGCCUUGUGGCUCUGGAGAAAGGGUGGAGGAGGAGACAGAGGCGUCUUGAAAUCAGGUCAGAGAGUGGCCAGGUGA